AUGACGCCUUUGCUGAUGGCGAGGCUGACAGGGAAGACCCAGAUGCUCAGGACAAGCUGUUUCAGAUCUCUGACAUCAGAAACUGACUUCUCCUACAAGAGCCUUUGUUCUCUCCUGCCCGGAGAAAAAUUACAGAUGAAAGUUGAGCUGCAACAGACCACCAACACAGUGGAGGAGCCCCUGGAUCUGAUCAAGCUCAGUCUAGAUGAAAGGAUCUAUGUGAAGAUGAGGAAUGACAGAGAGCGCCGUGGCAGGCUGCAUGCCUACAACCACCAUCUGAACAUGAUCCUAGGGGAUGUCGAGGAGACGGUAACUACAGUGGAGAUUGAUGAAGAGACAUAUGAGGUACUCUAUAAGUCAACCAAGAGGAAUAUCCCUAUGUUGUUUGUCGGGGGAGAUGGAGUGGUGCUUGUGGCCCUGCCCCUCAGGAUGGGCUAA